AUGGUGCAAGGGACUCCCUUCCUGCUGGUGCUCAACCUGGCGCUGGUGGCUCCCAGCCUGUCUGCAAGCAAGUGCGUGCUGACUGGGGACUGGACAAAUGACCUGGGCUCCCACAUGACCAUCGGGGCUGUGAAUGAAAACGGUGACUUCAGAGGCACAUACAAAACAGCUGUGAGUGGCAACAUGACCGAUGUCCCGCCGUCACCGCUGCUGGGGUCUCAGCACAUCGUCGAGGAGAUGUGCCAGCCCACCUUCGGCUUCACCGUCCAUUGGAAGAAUACAGACACCAUCAGCGUCUUCACGGGCCAAUGCUUCGUGGACAAGGACGGAAAGGAGGUUCUGAAGACCAUGUGGCUCUGGCGGGCACGCGCAAACAGCAUCCAGAAUGACUGGAAAGCCACCGUGUGA